AUGGGCCAACACUCGAUCGGCCAUUUUCUUCUCCUUUUCGCUCUAUUUCCGUUCCUGACUUCUGCACUCGAUUGGAAUUCAGACAUUGUGACAACCGAUGAGCUGAAAAGACUUGGAGAACAGGAUGCUCUUCAUCAAUAUUACGGGAAAUUCGUCGAUGAUCGGGAAAUGUUUCCAAGCUUGGAUUCGAUGAAAGAAAGAGUCGGUAACUUUGAGGAAGUGAAUUCAACCCUUCUAAUCAAUCACAAUUACAACGAUAUGACGCUUUUCUUGAAGAAAAUCGCUCUCGAGUACCCACAAAUCACCCAUUUGUACUCGGCCGGGAAAAGUGUUGAGGAACGAGAUUUAUGGGUGAUGAUUAUUUCGGAUAACCCGCGAGAACACGAAUUGCUUGAGCCGGAAGUGAAAAUUGUGGCAAAUAUGCAUGGAAAUGAGGUGGUCGGACGAGAGGCCUGUCUUUACUUGAUCGAUGUUUUGACGAAAAACUACGGAAAGAAUGAUUGGAUCACGAGAUAUGUCAAUGACACAAGACUUCAUUUGAUGCCCUCGAUGAACCCGGAUGGAUAUGAAAGGGGAUUUCCCGGGGAUCGAAUGGGAUAUACUGGACGUGAAAACGCUCGCGGUAUCGAUCUGAAUCGAAAUUUCCCCGCCCAAUACCCGGAACACAUCGAACAGUCUGGCGGGAAAUCUCCCGAACCUGAGACGGAAGUGAUGAUGAAAUGGCUGUUGGAAUAUCCGUUCAUUUUAUCGAUGAAUCUUCAUGGAGGAUCGCUGGUGGCAAAUUAUCCGUGGGAUGAUUCGGUCACAGGAAGAGAUGGGGAAUAUACUCCGACUAAGGAUGAUGUCCUCUUUGUUGGAUUAGCCUAUCGUUACGCGAGAGCUCAUCGGAAUAUGUGGAAAACGGGAAGAAGAUGUGGAUUACAAGUUGAUGGGGAUACAUUCUUGAAUGGAGUCACAAAUGGAGCUGGAUGGCUUCCUAGGGAUGUUUUCUUUAACGGAAUAACGAACGGAGUGAAAUGGUAUCAUUUGGCUGGUGGAAUGCAAGAUUGGCAGUACAUUCAUUCAAAUGUUUUGGAGAUCACUAUUGAAAUGGGAUGCUUCAAAUUUCCCACAAAUGACAUGUUACCACAGUUAUGGUCAGAUCACGAAUUUUCGAUACUCUCAUUCCUCGAAAUGACCCAUAUUGGUGUGAAAGGAAUUGUUCAGGAUGAAAACGGAAAACCUGUUGCGAAUGCGACAGUCGGUGUCGAGAAUGGAAAAGCGAUAGUGACGACAAAAGAUGGGGAAUAUUGGAGAGUGUUGGCACCAGGAGAUCAUGAACUCACUUUCUCCGCGUACGGCCUGGAAACGGAACAAGUGAGACUUGUGAUCAAUGGAACACUUAUUAUAAAGAAUAUCACUUUGCCAACAUGUGGAACGAAUGAAGACUCGAAAAAAGUGAUCCGCCGCGGUAGAGGAGAUGUUCGGAUUGCUGUUGUUGGAGUGAAUCCAUAUGCUACAAAAAUCUUGAGACAAAUGGCGAUGGAUUCGUGUACAGAUGAAACGUAUGUAAACGAACGACUUUCAUUGAUUAUUGUACCCGAUGGAAUGGCGCUGAAAGCUGAGAAAUCAAGGCUAGUCCACGACGAGUUCCCAGCUGCAGUACUUGCUGUUGCUGAUGGAAAUCUCGAAAGUGUCGUUUUCAGUGCAGGGGACAAUGUCCCAAAAAUCUUCCACAAAGAAGCACUUGAGCGCUCAUUGAACAGCCAACUUGGUGGAAAUAAAUGUGAUGAUUCCGAUCAUCCACUUCACGCAAGCGAGGUGGCUCAAUUACUCGAUGAUCUCGCUGUUCCCGGAGCUUUUCAGGUUGGAGUCGGACUUGGCUGUGAUCGAAAUUCUCUCUCAAAACAAGGUGCUGCUGUGGCCGGGAUACUCAAAAUGUUGGAGAAAAUCCUUACAAGAGACGCUGUUGAUGAAUUCAGCGUGAAACCGUCAGCCAAUCCAAGUGAUCAUUUCGCUCCAUCUGAUGUGUUGCAAGCCACCUCAGCAGCAAUGCCAGUAUUGGAAGAAGAAAAAGGUUGUGCAAGAAAAGUUUUCCAUCCCGAACUUCGAAUGACACAAAUGGGAACUGGACUUCCACCGUAUACUCUUGUCAUGUCUUUGGAAAAGAAAACAGAGACUCUCCUCUACGAGAUGGCCUCAUCAUUUUGUGAUUCGAGUUCUGAGAAAAUCCGAAAUAUUCUUGCACGAUCCACUCUCGUUUUCCUACCCUCAAUCCCACACACUCAGCUGAAUUGUCAUGAUUACGGAACGCUUGUUCCAUUUGAGAAGCUCUUCUCGAAUCUCGUUCAUUUUGUCCCGCAAGUCGAUUUCGUGAUGAUGUUUGGAAGUGGAGGAUUGAAGGUUCGAUACAUCAAUGAAACUUCGGGAAUUUCGUAUCGUUUGGCGGAAAAGUAUCGAUCAAUCCAUUCAAAUAUGAAUGGGAUAACCGAUAUUUGCACAGGAAUUCCUGGUGAACGAGAAACAAUCAAAAAGUUUGCAUGGGAUGAUCUCCCAUGGGAAAAGAUUGAUGCAAUGCUUGUACAAACUGGAUGUUGCUAUGAGAAUGGAGGUGAUGGAAAGCUGUGGCCGGAAAAUGAGGAAGCGAUUGUUGAAAGUCUUCUCUUAAGAACAAAGGGACUUCUCAUUCAUACAGAUGCCGCAUCAAGGGAUAUUGUGUCAACUGUUGAUUCGAGUGGAAUUGAAAGAAAAAUGGCUAAUGGUUCAAUCUUUCUUCCAUUAGAAGACGGACAUCAUGUGUUCAGAGUGAGGAAAAAUGGAGAAUUCUGGGCUGAUGUUUCUGUUGAGAUUUCUUCUCGUAUACCAUUCCAUAUUCGUGAGAUCGGUUCUCGUGGUUCGAUGAAUGUGAUUCUCAUCUCGAUGUUCUCACUGGCAUUCUUACUCGUCUGUUGUUUCAUCGUCCGGGGUCGUUUUGUCGGAUUCUUCAACCGGAAGGGACUCUUUCCGGGAGGUGGAAGGGGUCGAGAUGGCUUCGAAAGGAUUCCCCUUUACAUGAAUGAUGAAGAUGAUGAGGAUACAAUUGUUGACAUGAAUAAGUUA